CCUUUUCCUGACAAACAGCGCGUGUCACUAUUUUUGUCAGCCCGCGUGACCAACGCAAAAUUCUUCAAAAUACAUCAUUACUGCUAUUGACCCCCUGGGUUAUUUGCCCUUUUGGGCUGAUAAAUACAGGAAAAUCACAUUUGCCAACAGUUCACUCCUUUAGAAGGACCUCGCUUUUUUUAACUUGCAGUGACAUUACAGUUCUCUUCAGUUUUCUUGUAGGUAACCACAAAAAUGGCUGACUCUCGCAAGGUUCAACUUAAAAAGAGAUUCUGUGGCAAAACUGGCAGUGUUUUUUCGAUGCUUUUUAUGACCUCUUCGUUCUUUCUGGUUGAAAUUAUUGUGGGGUAUGCGACGAAUUCAAUGGCGCUUGUAGCCGAUUCGUUUCACAUGUUAUCGGACGUUUUGUCACUGCUGAUCGGAUUUUUUGCCUUGCGGUACUCUAAGCGCAGUCAACGAACUGAAAGAAACACAUUUGGAUGGCAAAGAGCUGAAGUAUUGGGAGCUUUGGUGAACGCUGUGUUCUUGAUUGCACUGUGCUUUUCCAUCCUUGUCGAGUCGCUGAAGCGAUUAGUCGAGACAGAAGAGAUCCACAACCCUAUCCUCGUUCUUAUUGUGGGAGUCGCUGGUUUGUUGAUAAACGUAGUCGGUUUGAUUCUCUUCCAUAAACAUGGACACGGGCAUAGCCAUGGAGGAGGAGGACAUGGACAUAGCCAUGGAGCCCAGAAUGGAACUGAUGUGAAAGAUCUAUUGGUAUCCAACAAUGGUAAAACCACAGGAAUGGAGCGGAAGUCGAGCAAUUCGUCCGAAGAUGAAAAUGAAUUGAUCAGCGAAAUUUCAAAUGGCGUUGUACCAGAAGGUAAUCAAAAUUUUGAUUUCCUUUUUUUUUUUUCCGAGAAUAUUAUUUAACUUUCUAUAAUAUCCUCUUGAAUGCGAUACAACCAAGUUUGGUCUAGGUAUUCACUAGAUUAUCCUAAUCAGCUGCUAUAGAUCUUUUUGUUCCGAUUUCUAGCUACACAAAAUAUUUUUUGUCUUGCUGCGAAGGAUAUUGGUGGGCUUUAUAUCUUGUUGACAGCUGCGCUCAAUUUUGACGUCUUUUUACGUUUUUUGUAGUAAAUUACGCGGAUUUCGUGUGUUCAUGACCGAAUACACCGGCUUUAUGAAAGGGUUUCUUUGGUGUUUAAUUUUAUGCAAUAACCGAAUAGAUUACGAAACCACUAUCAGGUGGAUCCAUCUCCAAAUCCAUUUUAAGUCUUAUAUCUCGGAUUAGGUAUUGUAUCUUUAUCCGAUGUACUCAGCUCUACAUGUUGAACUUUCAUUAUCAUGUAUAUGUCCAGCUCAAGGUUUUUAUUUUGACCCAGCCGGUCAAGCAGAUUAUUCGAAUCCUGACUUAUCAUGAAAAAAUUUAGUGUGGCACCAUAACACAAUCAUUUGUCCUUUUGUCCUUCGUUUUGUUUUGGUUCAGAAUCUUUAUUUAACCUUUUUCCUAUCGUCUCACCCAUCUGCUAGCUAAAAUUUAGUUGACAUAACAAAUUGAGGACUUCAUAUCUCUCCUGGCAUUCUCCAUAUUCAUUCCUCUCCUCUCGACCCACUGAUAUAACAAAGAAUAAUUGUGUGAUGGGGUGUGUGGAACAAAGCCUCAAUCCUUCAACUCUUAACAACUUAAUGUAAGAGUGCAUUUUCUCAAUUCUCUCUUCUGUACAUUUUCUAAGGUGCUGACAGGGAGAAUUUGUUAAAAAAUUCAGAGUUUUUAUGGUUUAAAGAAGAGGUCUGAAACCCAUACGUUAAUUUUUAAUUCAGGGAUAAACCACAGACUGCAUCAACAUGCAAUAUAAAUGUUUUAUGUGGUUUGAGGCAGAGCUUGUGGUAUUUAUUGGCCAUGUGAGAUUUGAGAGUUCUCUGCUUAAAUUUAGCAGGCUGGCUCUCAUUCAGACAAUAAGAAUUUUCUGUUACUUUGCACUAUUCCUCGGCUAUUGCAUUUCUUAAUCACAAAGUAAUGGCUAAUCAUUUUCUUUGUUUGUUUGUCCUUUAGCAGUUUUCUUGUCAAAAGGAAAUGGGAAGGUCCACACAGUUGUUUCAAAAUCAAACACUUCUCAAAUGAAAGUCAAGUCUAGCUCUCAGCUUAACAUGCGCGGUGUAUACCUCCAUGUCCUUGGUGAUGCCUUGGGGUCUGUCAUUGUUAUCAUCAGUGCUUUGAUAAUCAAGUAUGCCUCUGGUAAAUGGACAAUUUAUGUGGAUCCAGGCAUGAGUAUUAUCAUGGUUCUACUUAUUCUGAAGACAUCCAUCCCCCUGAUGCGUGAAUCGUCCCUGAUCUUGCUUCAAACUGUUCCCACACACAUCAAGAUCAAAGAGGUACAAGAUCGACUGUUAGACAACGUGGAAGGCGUGCUGAGUGUGCAUGAAUUUCAUGUUUGGCAAUUGGCUGGGAAUAAGAUUAUUGGUAAGUUUUUUGCUACUUUUCAGUGAAACUUGGCAAGAGAUGUUUCUGGUAAUCAAAAUUAUAACAACAUUCUUGAAUGUGAUUGCUCAUCAGCUAGCUGAUUAAACACCAAAAGAACAGUAAAUCACCAUGCCCAUAAUUGUACAGUGUAAGAAGACAGUUAUGUAUGUCAUGCCAAAUGGCUGUGUAGUAUUACAGUAUGCAUCAUUUACAUUUCUGUUACACAGACAAAAAUUAAUAGGUUCACAUUUUGGUGGGGAAAAAAAACUGUCACUGUCCAUGAUAACCUUAUCAUAUAUUUUUCACUUGAAGUUUUAUGGUUAAUUUACAGUUUGAAUCAAGCUUGUCUUUUGUAGUGUGUCAUUCUUUGGGCAUAUAUAUCCAGCCAUGUUCCUUCUUUGUUUGAGUCCUUCAAUUUUUUUAUUUUUGUUUUGCCAAACAGAUGUUUUUUUAGUUUCAUUCGGUGUGAAGAUAUGUCACAAAAUUGACCUAAAAUAUUACAUGAUUUAUCUUAUGGACCACAUUGCCCUGCACAUGCUUUUAUUUCAAACUUCCUUAAAAAUUCUUGUAUGAGGGCCACAGGCUAUGGUGUAAGUGGGGCUAGGAGGAAAGAGAAGGAACACCAGAGAUUUGGUAAAAUCUUUCUUCACUGAGUUAAUGAUUGUGCAAAAAUGGUAAAUAUUUGGCUCCCAGUCAUGGGUUACUGUUUGUCUUGACCAUUUGCCAAAUAUUUCUGAUCCAGCUCUCCCACACAGUUGAUAAGUAUACAGUAUUGACAAUCUGUUGUUUUUUCAGCAUCAGCCCAUAUAACCUGCCGUUCUCCAGAUGAAUACAUGAACAUUGCCAACAAAAUAAAGAGGUUCUUUCACAAUGAAGGCAUUCACUCUACAACUAUCCAACCAGAGUUUGUUGUGGAAAAUGAAACAGACAGCCAGUGUGCCUUGGAGUGUGGGAAAGAUGACAAUUGUGCUGCGCAGAAAUGUUGCCCAGGUGAAAAUGAAACAGAGAUGCGCAAACGUGGUGCUUGCCUAACAGAUGGGAAGGGUGAGCUAAUAAAUCAUGAAACAAUGGUAUAAAAGUGUCAACAUCUAUAUGUACAGAUUGUAGGAUGAUAUGCAAUAACUUUUUAUGAACUGGGGACCUUCAUUCAUUCAACUCUUUAAAUAUCAACUCAUUGGACUUGAACUGUCUGCCAUACAUUUCUAAGCUCUGAAAAAUUUGUUUUUCAAUGAGCGUUAUCCCCCAGUGUGAUGUUCUCUCUGUCUGAACAGUGUAUUGAAGUUGUAAGGAGAUUUUUCAUAUUGGUCACUCCUGGGAUUGAAGGGCUUAAAUGUAUUUUGUAAAUAUUUAAACCUUUCACUCCCAAGAUCUUAUUACUAAUUCUCUUUACUGUCCACAAUACAUUUUUUUGUGAUGAGAAUUUGGUUUUGGAUUAAAUGAUCCCCUAAUUGGUAUUUUUCUUUAUUCUCAUCACUUGUGAGCUUGAUGUGGUAUUGAAAUAUUGUUAAGAGAAAUUCUAUCAGACUCUCAUUGAAGGGAAAGUUUUAAUUGAGAAAAUGUAGUAGAUACAUGUAAGCUGCUUAGUAGUUCAUUACUCUUAGCUUUUGGUGAAUUUUCAACCAAAUUUGUUUUGCAAAGGUUAAUGUAAUCUGAUUGCAUGUUCAGAUCACAUAGAGGAAAGUGAUCCUGAAAAGCACUGCUGUUAGUCAUAGUGACUAGCAUUUUGACAACCUUGGUGGAAGUCAGCGGUCAGAAUGACUUUUCAUCACUUGAGUGAAAUGUUAGCUUCUGCUGAGAUGUUGAAGUGUCAGUUGCUACUGCUCCUACCAACAUCAGCCCUUCCUUCCACUCCAACUAGACAAAUAAACUAUGCAAUCAAAUGUAACUCCUGGGAGCAAACUGUGCUAUUAAUAAAAAUUAAUUUUAGUAUUUUCUUAAAUAUAACAUUAUGGUACAUGACAUAUAUUUAAACUGAGUUGUCACACAACAAAUUAAAUUAAUUAUAACAGCCUUUUAAUGGUGAAAAGCUAGUUUUGAGGGCUGACAUUUGUGGUUAUUCAAUUGUAUUUAGCCGUUAUUUACUAUAGAUCGUACAAAGCUUUAUUCUAAGUGAUCCAUUCUGUGUGACUGACUUGUCUCUAAAGUUUAUUUAAGGAAUUUAAAUUCCCUGUGUCAUUGUUUACAUGAUUUAUUUACAUAAGUCCCCUAGUUCACCAAACAUAGUGGAAAAGGAGCUUGUUGGGGACAAAUUGAUUGUUUGAAAAACCAGAAUAUAUAAAAUUAUGUGAAAGGCUAUGUAAUUAUACUUAGAGAGAGUUACAUGUAUGUUGGUAGUUGAAAUAUGUCUAACACCUAAAUUUCUAGUCAUGAUACGGCCGUCUUGAGACUUUGCUAAGGGGACAAUUUUUUAGCUUGUUUUAGUUGGCCUGGACCAUUUGACAAAUUGAUUCCAUGUUGCUGUGUUUCUGUUCAGUGUCAGAAAAUAGAUGAUGCCAAAAUGUGAUAGGAACAAAGAAAUAGCACACAUGGCAUAGCUGAGUGUGUCACUGAUGUCUUCUGUGAUCUGUUGUACACUGUGUUCUGUUUUAAAUUAUAUAAUAAGCUCAGUUAUGCACGCAUUCUGAUUGGUUCUCACACAUGAUCUAUUGGAGGACAGACAUAUAGAUGAGGUCAUUGUUAAAACUUUUUUUAAUUCUUUAUUAUAUAAAACAAAUAGAUUCCAAGUUGCCGUGCGUCUGUUCAGUAAUAGAUUGCAGAGGACAUCAAAAUGUGGUAAGAACACACUCGGCUGCACUUCGUGUGCCACUUUUUUGUUCUUACCACAUGAUGCUAAGCGGUAUAUUAACAGAGUGACAUUCGUUAGGAUUUGUUCACUAGUUCUAAAGUAGUAUUUAAGUAAUCCAUUUGCUUACAUCACAAUUGUGUUAGCGUAGAUAAAGUCUAUGUAAUCAAGAAGGUAAAGCUUGGUGAACACUCCAUCAAAUCAUAACAUUUAAAAGUUUAUUUUAUGGGAAGUGCAAUCUUCAUCAUUUUAUUGGUGGGUUUGAGGUAUUAAUAUAGAUGUUGUGGGAAAAUUAUAUGAGGGACAAAUGUAAGGAAUACUUAUGCUGCAAAAAGGAAAUAUCUGAAUAUAAAGCCUAAUGUUUCCAAAAACUCAUAGCAUCAAUUAAGGAUUGAGAGCUGAGCAAAGUUUGAUUUCUCAUCUUUUUAAGCUUAAUGCACAGUUAGCAUUUUUGACAGGUCAAAAUUACUGGUUAAUCCUUUAACAAGAGAUUAACAUGUAAGUUCUCCCCAUAAUAUCCGUUCAUUAUCCAGAAACAGGUAAU